UUGUAUAAAGUGAAGUUCUCUGCAUUUGUUUUCCAAGAAGAAGUGCUUUAUUGUUUUAUUUAUCUUCUGUGAGUUAAGGAAAAUUGUUUUGUUUCUAUUAGAGAAAUCCAAAUUCCAAUUGUGACGCCAUCACAGAAUGGUGUACAUAGAUCGAGAUGGUCGAGUCGUGGAGCGGAGGCCAUGGAGCAUAGCACGCGUUUUAGAGAUCUUCACAAGUAUUUGGUUUGUGACAGUGACCUUCUUCAAAACGCUUAUGGCACCCUUUAUGAACAACGACAAUCAGAGCGGAAGUAGCAAUACUCGCCGUGGUGGUUGGGGCUCUGGCGGCGGUGGAGGUGGUCCCUAUGGUGGUGGUGGCGGCGGCGGUAGUGGCGGUAGCGGUGGAGGUGGUGGUUUCAACCAAGGCCUACGUCCAAAUCGCCGUAUCGGACGAGUAGUGAAUACAUCAAUGGAUUGUAAUAUACCUGGCGGUGGAUGAGCACGGUAAUGUGUCCAAGCAUUUUAUUAGGCUGCAUUAAGUAUUUUCGAUGAAAAAAAUACUUAAUGCACGCUUGGACACAGCAGACUUAUUCAUCAACUAUAAGGCACUGUUAAAACACUUACAACCUCUUCAGUGCGUUAUGUUUAGACGUUUGUUUUUGGCAUACAUUGCUUCUAUGACGAAAAACUUUGCAAACCCUAACUUGGGAGAAGUUGUUCUGAAUUUUAUACAACGUCUAGGCAUACAUAUGUAUAUAUACAAUAGUAUAUAAAAUUAGUGGAAUUUUAUAAUUUAAUGGAACUAAAGGAAAAGUAUACCUCAUUGAAUACCAUAGAAUAAAAAAAAUACGCAAUAUAAAAUAUUUGCUUAGAUUAAAUUCUGACUUAUGUGUAAUUGCUAUUAACCGUGUACCUAAUUCAAUGGUAGAAUAACUGAAAAUCGGUUGUCUCGAAUAAACUCCAUCUGAAAAUUGCAAACCGAAA